ACUUGGGUAUAAGGAGCCCCCCCUUCCAGCUCCCUUCCUCUCAUUCUUCUCUUCACCAAAGCAAUCGUUCUAGCUCACAGUCUGCCCGUCGCGUCCAACUCCGUCGACCCGCACAAUCAGUUUAAUCGUCACUCUUUUGACUAAACAUCCUCCAAUCUUUACCUUCUUAAUCACUCGCCAGUUCUUUUGAAAGAAUCCCCCUCUUCAACUUAAUCAAUCAAAAUGCGUUUCUCCACUAUCGCCUCUUCUGCCGCGCUCUUCGGAGCUGCCGCCAUGGCCCUCCCUAACCCCGAGGUUGUCUACGAGACUGAGGUCGUCACCAUCACCUCGUGCGGUCCCGAUGUCGUCUCGUGCCCGGCCACCGCCGCCACCUACACCACCCCGGCCGUCGAGUACCCCGUCGAGACCCCCGUUGUCGCGACCACCUCGUGCACCACCACCGAGGGUUACCCCGUCGAGACCCCCGUUGCCGUUGAGACUCCGUCCUACGGAUCCCCCGUUGACACCCCCGUUGACACCCCCGUUGACACCCCCGACUACCCCGUCGAGACCCCCGUCGACACUCCUUCCUACGGAUCCCCCGUCGAGACCCCCGUCGACACUCCCUCGUAUGGCUCCCCCGUCGACACUCCGGUCGAGACCCCCGUCGACACUCCGGUCGAGACUCCUUCCUACGGAUCUCCCGUUGACACCCCCGUCGAGACCCCCUCGUACGGCUCCCCCGUCGACACUCCGGUUGAGACCCCCGUCGACACUCCCGUCUAUGGCUCUCCCAGCGUCCCCGUCGGUACCGGCUACCCGACCUACGCCAGCUACGUUCCCAGCGGAACCGGUGUCGUUGACAUCCCCCUCAACACGUCGACUCCCGUCACCCCCUCGUCCGUCCCCGAGACUUACGAGGGUGCCGCGUCGGCCAAGAGCUUCUCGCUCAUCGCUGUCAUCGCCGCCGCUGGGGCUCUCUUCCUCGCAUAA